AAUCACCUUGUCUUCCUAACGAUGUAUGGUGUAACGACGUGUCUCAGGUUUCCAGGACAGUUGACUGCAGACUUGCGAAAAUUAGCAGUUAAUAUGGUUCCUUUCCCACACUUGCAUUUUUUCAUGCCUGGGUUUGCCCCACUGACGGCUCAUGGCAAUCAGCAGUAUAGAGCCCUCACUGUUCCAGAGCUUAUGCAACAGAUGCUUGAUGCUAAGAACAUGAUGGUAGCUUGUGAUACUCGCCAUGGUCGAUACUUGUCUCUUGCUGCUAUCUUCAGAGGUAAAAUGUCCAUGAAGGAAGUGGAUGAGCAGAUGCUCAACAUUCAAAAUAAGAAAACCAGCGACUUUGUAGAAUGGAUCCCAAAUAAUGUUAAAACUGCUAGGUGUGACAUUCCACCCCGUGGGCUGAAAAUGGCUGUUGCAUUCAUCGGAAAUUCUACAGCUAUUCAGAAGCUCUUCAAGCGCAUAUCUGAGCAGGUUACUGCUAUGAUCCACCAUAAAGAUUUCCUUCAUUGGUUCACUGGAGUGGGGAUAGAUGAAAUAAAGUUUACUGAGGAUGAGUCAAAUAUGAAUUACUUGGUGCCUGAAACGUAA